GCAAAUAUCCACCUCUGCGUGCAAGGACCUUAGGCUACUUUCUCCACUUCAUCCUCCUGGGGCCUGGGGGGACUGCUGAUAGCUUCUGUCCCUGCUGCCCUUUUUAAUGUUACCAUUCAGGAGAAAGAGAGCAAGGAACAACUGCGUGCUAGGGAACUGACCUAAGGCCCUGUGGGCCUCUGGAGAGAGGGGACAGCAGAGGAGUGGCUGGGGCUGGGAGACUCCAUGCGUGGGCCAUGGACAGAGCGGCGCUCCUGGCCCUGCCCAGCUUGUGUGCGCUGUGGGCAGCCGUGCUCUCGCUGUUCCCCUGCGGAACCCAGGGCAACUGGAUGUGGCUGGGCAUUGCCUCCUUUGGGGUACCAGAGAAGCUGGGCUGCGAUGGCUUGCCUCUGAACAGCCGCCAGAAGGAGCUGUGCAAGAGGAAACCUUACCUGCUGCCUAGCAUCCGCGAGGGCGCCCGGCUGGGCAUCCAGGAGUGCAGAAGCCAGUUUCGACACGAGAGAUGGAACUGUAUGGUCGCGGCCGCCACCACCACCCCGCUCGCCAACAGUCCCCUCUUUGGCUAUGAGCUGAGUAGUGGCACCAAGGAGACAGCGUUCAUUUAUGCCAUCAUGGCUGCAGGCUUGGUGCACUCUGUAACCAGGUCAUGCAGUGCAGGAAACAUGACCGAAUGUUCCUGCGACACCACCUUGCAAAAUGGUGGCUCACCAAGUGAAGGCUGGCAUUGGGGGGGAUGCUCUGAUGAUGUCCAGUACGGCAUGUGGUUCAGCAGAAAGUUUCUAGAUUUCCCCAUCAGAAACUCCACAGGAAAAGAAAGCAAAGUACUGCUAGCCAUGAAUCUACACAACAACGAAGCCGGAAGGCAGGCUGUCGCCAAGUUAAUGUCUGUGGACUGCCGCUGCCAUGGGGUUUCCGGCUCCUGUGCUGUCAAAACCUGCUGGAAAACUAUGUCCUCUUUUGAAAAGAUUGGGCAUUUUUUAAAGGAUAAAUAUGAAGACAGCAUCCAGAUUUCAGACAAAACCAAGAAGAAAAUGCGCAGGAGAGAAAAAGAUCAGAGACAGACACCCAUUCACAAGGAUGACCUGCUGUACAUUCAUAAGUCUCCCAACUACUGUGUGGAGAACAAGAAACUGGGCAUUCCUGGGACACAGGGCAGAGAGUGCAACCGUACAUCAGGAGGUGCUGAUGGCUGCAACCUCCUCUGCUGUGGCCGAGGCUACAACACCCAUGUGGUCAGGCACGUGGAGAGGUGUGAGUGUAAGUUUAUCUGGUGCUGCUAUGUCCGCUGCAGGAGGUGUGAAAGCAUGACCGAUGUCCACACUUGUAAGUAACGUCUCCAUCCAGGCUAGCAUGAGACUCCUCAGGAGCAGCCAAUGGUUGCAAUCUGGAGGGCGC